AGGGACAAACGCGGUCUGUAAGCACCUGCCCAGCUUCACUUCCCUCUGAACAAGGAAAUGAAGACGCUAAUAAAACGGUGCUGGUUGUUGCAGGACUCUUCAAACAUGCGCAGCCAUGGGAAACAGAGUAACCACUGCGUUGGAUAAAUGGGGUAUAAAUCCAAGGAAGCUGAGUCUAAAGCGGUCAACAAGGAAAGCUCCACCUGCACCUUCACAUCGUCAGACCAUAGAGCCCCACAUAUACGAUAGCGUGUCAGCCGAGCCAAAGUACGCCAUAGUGAACAAGAAGAAGAAGACGGAUUCUGAUGGCCUGCACUACGCAGAAAUUCAGGUGCUACAGUCCGAAUUCACAAGCAACCAGAGGCCCUCGCCACCCAAAGACUCGAACACGGAAUACGCAACCAUAGACUUUCUGAGAGGGGCUAAACCCAAAGAGUCUGAUGAACCUGCAGAUAUACUUAUUCCACCUGGACAGCUUCAGAAUUUGAUGGUUAAGUCUCAAAAGAAGAAGAGUGCUUCGUCAAACCAGGGCUCUCGUGGUUUGAAUAAUUGAAAUAAUUGGUAUAAAUGGGGGUUUACAAUGGUUUAAUGGUUAGCAUGUUUGCCUCACAACUUCAGGGUUUGUGCUUUGUGUAUGUGGAGUUUGCAUGUUCUCCCUGUGCUUUGGGGGUUUCCUCCAGGUACUCUGGUUUCCUCCCAUAGUCUACAGAUCAUGCACUGUAGGCUGACUGGCAUCUUUAAAUUGUCUGUAGUGUGUGAAUGUGUGUGGGAUUGUAUCCUGAUGGUUUGGCACUUUGUCCGGGGUGUCCCCUGCCUUGUGCCUUGAGUCUCAUGGGGUAGAUUCCAGGUUCCCUGUGAAGAAUAAUUGGUACAAAAGAUUGAAGGAUGGAUGGAUAAUUUGUACAUAGUUUUUAUAAAUCAGGAAGAAUUUAUUUUUUUAAGAAAGAUCAAAUCUAUUUGAUCUUGUAUUCUUGUAUACUUGUAUACUUGUAUUUGUUGGACAUUAAUCAUACUUAUUUCAAAACAUGGCAGUCCAUAAUGAAUCACUGGAGGAAAAGGACACUGUCAAGCAAAGAACAUUGAAGUAUGCUCUUAAUAGUUGUGGUCAGAUGUGGUCAUCUAAUCUGUGUUCCUAUCUUCUUCGUAGUUGGAUUUGCUCUUGGAAAUGGGAUACACCCAUGGACGGCUAGCUCUUUUAAGCCUCCCUUGUUUUUCAUCAGUGGGGUUUAAAUAUUGGCAUCCGUAUCAGAUUAUUUGCUGUUAACAAAUGUUUUAAAGUAAAGUAUUUCAGAAUUUCAUUAAGCCACAACAAAGUCUUUAAGAAAAAUACAAAGAACUAUAAGAAGAAACAAAGCUGGUUUCUUGUUUUAGCCCAGAUUGUAGAUUCAUUCACAGCCAUGUUGGAUGAUCACACACAGUGACACACCCCCUAGAUCUGAUCUCCUUUUGAGCUGUUUGUUUAGUCACAUGGGAAAUACAGUCAUGAAGAACAAAGUGAAUUAUUUACUCUGUCAUCCUGUUCGCCCAAAAUGUAUCCAGAGGAGAAACUAAAAUAGAUAGGCUAAGCACAUGUCAUACGAUCAGACAACACAAAAGUAAACAAUAGCUAUUAUAAUAAUGAUGACGAUAACAAUACUAUCUGAUAUCUUGUCUUGAAUGGUUGUAGGAUAAUAAAACAAACUUCGGACAUGGCAUUAAAGAUCAAUGACUGAACUGUUUAUUCAGAAACCAGAUAUUUGCUUCUAUAUACUACAAAUAUUCAACUAAUGAAAAUUUUUCCAAGGUAUUUGUAUGUGAUUAUAGAAGAACGUCUGCUGUUUUAAAAUCACAAAUUUCAUCAAGUCUUCAAGGUCAGAAGGUCCAUUUAAGGAACAAACAUAGGAACAAAAUAAAUUCUUUUAGGUUUAUGUAGGUUUUUAGAAAUAAGAUUUAGAAAUAGGAUUUAGAAAUAAGAAAAGAAUAUAUGAAGUCAUGCUGAUUGUUAUUAUUUUUUGUAUUACUAUAAGUCCUUUUUGGUACUUCUUGUUACAAGGAAAUUGUGAUUGUUU